CUUUCUCACCUCUAUAUGAUUAUUAAUUGAAACCGACACGCCCAUCUACUCGUUUCACCUUUCAAAUGGUCGAAAAAGGAACCGUGAAGUGAGGUUGAAAGAACAGGAAUUCAGACAUGCAGAGAACCCUCCUUCCAAGGUCCCUUGUAUCACGAGUGUCAUCGGGUGUGCUUGCUCAGAAGAAAGUGGAUUUCUCCGUGUUCUUUCACGUUCUCACGACUUCCCUCUCUUGCCUGCGAGGGACGCUGGAAUCUCCACCGUUAAAUUGCUUUGGUUUGUCUGUCUUGUCGGCUUUUUUUUGCAAGAAGGCCUUUUCGUGUAGGCGACUCUGGAAUGUAGCUUGAUAACGUGCGGCUUUUCACCGUCCUUGGCUUUUCUGCUGUCGAGUUUCCCGCGCACUGUCAACUUUUCGGCUUGAAAGUUGCUUUUUAUUUCCUCACAAGAACCGCAGGUGUGUGCGAUUUCCCUUUUUUCUCGAACUCGCCUGUUUUCACGAGAGGUCCGCACCGCGCGUAUCCAGGAGGAAAUCGGACAGCCGGAACAGAGGCAAAGGUCUCUUUCCUGCUUCCUUCCUGUCGUUCUCUGCAAGCAUUAAGGAGUAGACCCAUGAACCGCAUCUCGGUUUUGGUUGAAACUCGUUUUGGCAACUUUCACCACUCGAGCUGGUCGCAUAUCUCGCGCUGGGACUGUUCACCUCGGAGACAGGAUCAUUCGCUCUCGCUUUCUGCGAGCUGCGGCGACCUGGGAGACGCAUGCGGUCUGCAGCCUGGACCCGGCUGAAGAGAGAAGAAGAUGGCGAGAGAGAGGAGAGGUAACCAGAGACAAAGCAGACCGAACAAAUAUGCAGGGAAGGCGAACGACAGCAGUGAACUCUGGGGAGUUCCCGACUCGAGGAAGAAGGAGGAGGAGGAAGACGACGACGAAGAGGAACCCAACGUGACGGAAGACGACAAAGCAGUUCGACUCUUUGACUUCGACGCUCAAGGAAAAAAGAUCUCGGACCGUGUUUACAGGGCAGGCUUUGGAGAGGAUGAGUGGACGUCGACAGAGACAACGACUUCUUCUGAGUCGAGCUCCUCCACCAGCGAAUCAGAAGUCUCGGACGAAAGCUACGAAUUCGACGAUGAGGACUUUGCCGAGCUUCAGAAAUUGCGCAGAAACAACCGGCCAGGCGCGCCGAUGGAUCCGAUGAGCCGCCUGCGCAUGUGGGAAAGUUCCUUCUUCAUCAACUCCUUCAUGAAUCUCGAAAACAAACAACAGUACUACUUCUAUACAGUCACCUUUGGUCACGUGAACAAGUCUCGUCGAAUCCAAGGCACCUUGCGCCGCCGCACUCUGUACACCCCUGGCUACAUGCUGAGGCCUGGAGAAUUCAAGGCUCUGAGCGCGCCGCUGGUCAUUUGGCCGUUCAAGGUCUUUCUGCUGCCGUACAACCAGCUGAAGUCGUUUUGCGUGACGAUUGAAAUGUGGAAAAUCAACGAGCUGUCGUUCAACACACUCUACGCUAGCGCCAAGCUCACGCUGCAAGAGAUUGUCGACAGCGAGCAGGAAUUCCAGAUCCUUCUUCGGCGAAAAAUUGCGGGGAAAAAGAGGAGCUACGAAGUCCACAAAGUGCGAGUUUCUCUUAUGCUCAGCGAGGUCUUCGACAUCGAUUUGUCUUUCGAUAGUUGGUGGUUUCUCCCCGACAAAGCGAUGCCGCAGAAAAUUCGAGAAGUCCCCAAACAGCUUCUCUUCAGCGUCCCCGUUCGAGGCAGGUCUGGAGACCGGAAUCGGCGCAAGACGCCCAUCAGCCAAAUGAAUUUCUGGCCGAGUGCUGGUCUGUUUCGCUAUCGAGGCAGUUUGCAGUCGAUUUCAAACAACUACAUCACUGUCACGCUGCUGUACAGCCGACCGAAGGAGUGGUAUCGCCCCCCAGCGCAUUUGGGCCUUUGCAUCAUGGCGCUCAAGUCUGUGCUUCAAUAUCCUCUCUUUCGAGGCAUAGUGAAGAAACUCACGACAGACCCCAGGAAAUUUCAACAGGGAGAACUUGUGGGGAACAUUCGCUGCUUCAUACGCUCCGUCGGCAUUCACGAAUACGAAGAAAUCCCCAACAGACCUGCCCAGCCUCUCGCGGGCGCCGCUCUCGUCACCCAGUUGAAUCUCCGAGAACAAUACCUCGUUGUCCGCCUCUUCAAGUGCGAGCAUCUUCCGGCAGCGAACGUCGAUUCCUACUCCUCAGAUCCGAUAGUCAAGAUCAAAUGGGACGCGAUGGUGAACACGAGCAACAAGCGAGAAAAUACUUUGCGGCCGGUGUACAAUCAAAAUUUUUAUUUUCCUGUGAGACUUCUCGACCCGCGCGAGAGAUCAAAUCCGACGUUGAAGCAGACGGCGCUGCCGCUGGACUUGUACACGAAAGGCCCAAUCUCCUUCGAGGUAUGGGAUAACGACGAGCUGACUUCGGACUUUCUUGGUGGCGCGGAAGUUCACUUGAACGCCGUCUGGCGAGAAGGCCAGUGGGAAGAGAGAUGCCUCGCCGAGGGCAUGGGCCAGGAAGACGACAAGACGCGCCUGCCAGAUGGGCGACCGGCGGAGUUCGCGACGAAGCGUCACGAGGGUGAGGACGACGACGACGAAGAAGAAGAAGAUGACGAAGACAGAGAAGAGCCUCUCAUAAGCAGCAGUGCGCAACGCGCGACUGUGCCCUACGAAUGGCCGUACCGAACUCUCGUCCUCAGGAAAAUCCUCGAGCUGAAGGGAUCGGCGCUUCCGCCGUCGCAGCAAGGAAAGAGCACACUGUGGUUCGAGAUGUUUUUCAUUCCGCCGAUGCCCGACAACGUGGAACUUCCAGAUCCGCCGCAGGUCCAGAGCAGCAACGACAUCUGGUCGCAAGUGACAAAGAAGUGGAACUCGGACUUCUCGAAAUAUCAGAAAAUGUACUCAGAGUGGUUUCCCGACGCGCCCACAGAUCGCCGCUUCCUGUGCACCGCCGAACAUGUCCAGACGAGAAGUACCUUCCCUCUCCCCAGCUUCCUCGCUCCAAUUGCAGUCCCCAGUCAGAUUUCGCCGGAGGGGGAACUUCUGCACUGGAUCAACAGCAUCACAUUUCUCUCGCCGCCGAAGCAAAUGCGUGACGGCCGCAUCGCCUCUUGGCAGGUUCCCUCCAGCAUCCUCAUCACCCGGAAGGGUGGUGCGAACGACCAUGCCAUUCUCCUCUGCAGCUGCUUGCUUGGACUCGACUACGACGCUUACGUUUGCAAAGGCACCACGAACGACGGACAGGACGAACAUGUUUGGGUCAUGACGCGCCAUGCCGGUGGCUGGGUGAUGAUGUGGGAAGUGACGACGAAGAAGAGAUACAGUCUGCCUUUCAGGUGGGGGUACCCCCCUGGCGGGCCGCCCAAAGGCUUCGCAGCGGCACUCGAGCAUCAGCAGAACGAGAACGCAGAAAAAUACUGGGAAGGCCUCUACUUGCAGGAGUGGUAUCAAUGGUCAAUGCAACAGGCGCAGCUGGCGCAUGCAGAGGCCGUCGCGGUUGCAAACGCUGUGCCCGACGUGGAGCUUUACGGAGACCAAGUGGUGGCGGACGAGCUCGUCGAUCCCGAGGUCCUUCUCGACGAAGAGGCGCAGAACAUCGACCCAGAAGCUCAGCGGACGACGGGAGCGGUCAAGCAGAAGAUCGACAAAGACAAGAUGAUGAAACUUCUGCGGUCGCAAAUCGAGCACCUGCCCAUCACGCCUGUCAAGACGUUGACAGAUCCGAACAAGACGCUGAGCUACCUGCCGUACUCGUCGGUGGAAGUGGUGUUCAACAACUUCCAGUUGUGGGGGAAUUUGCAGAACCAUCACCCUGCAUGCAUCACCUACGACAUGGAAGACGAAUGGAAAUGGCGGCCGCUGCUCAUGGAGCCUGCGGACCCAAUCGAUUCCGACGUACUUCUCGCGCCUCCGAUUCGAGACAAGAAAUGUCAGUUGUUGGCAGAAGACUUAGCUAGCAGCGUAUUGGAGCACAUUCGCCUCCACAGGAUGAAGAAAGGCCUGGAGGUCUUUUUCGAGCACCGCGAAGAUCUUCUCUUUCGUCUCACGUUUUACUUGGAUCUUCUCGAGUACCGCAUGCAUUUGGACGACCUUCACAAGCCAGAUCCUGGCCCGAACCACAUGGGGUGGAGCAGCUUCCCAGACGAGUGCGAAAAUGCGGAGACUCUGCAAGAGACGGACUGUCAGUUUUACCAAACAAUUAGUCAACAAACGACGCUGACAUCGGAGGAGAAGGCCAUGCCCGGAACGCAAGAGGCGCUGCACAUGUACGCAGAGUAUGGCGGCGACGCGUACUGCAUGUUUGCGAACGUUCCACCGCCAGGGGGAUUCUUUGACCCCUUCGCCGCGGGAGAAACGUCUGGACAAGGUUUCCAGGAGGCGCAAGCAGCGAAUGGCUGGUCUGUGCAGUUUGUCCGUCACCAAAAGCCCCCAGCGCCUGAGCUGGCCAUGAAUCCAGUCGAAGCGUACGAGCAACAGAUACGCUACCAAGACAAAAUGGCCAAGCUGGAACAGAAGGCAGAGGCGAAACUAGUCAAGUCCUACGAGAAGAAGGGAGGCGCAAAACGAGACUACUACGCUCCUGCUGGAGUUCAGUUCUCAGCGACGCAGCGUCACCUCGCUGCUCCACCUUCGCCUCGAUCCCCCACUGCCGUCUCGCCAUCGGCUCUCGGCGGUGCGCAGACAACCAGCUUUCCUGCUCUCCACGGGUCUUGCCAAUCUUCGUCUUCCUCUUCUUCCUUGUCGUCGUCUUCUUCCUCUUCUUCCUCUUCUUCCUUGUCGUCGUCUUCUUCCUCUUCUUGGCCUUCUCACUCCCAGUCUGCGUCUUCUACUUACGCGCCUUCUUCGUCUUCCUCUGGUUUCUCUGCUUCUUCUCCUUCGCAGCUUCCGUCUGGCGCUGGUGCUCGGCGCAGCGUUUCGUUUCGUGAGGGAACGAAGGAGCCUUCGUCGCCGGUGCCGAGGCGGCAGGCCUUGUUAAGGCGUCUGUCUGUGCGACUGCGAGAAGCCAUUGAGGCAGGCGAGAAUUUGUUGCAGGGCGCGGAGGCCGCAGCGAGAGAGGAGGGUACAGACGAAGGACGCGUUCCAGCGAGCGAGAGAGCGAACGGCAGGCGGCUCUCUCCUCAGGUGCCACCGAGCAGGCCGGUCGCGGAGGAGAUUUGCCCGCGAGUCGACGGUCUAGCUGUGACAGCGGAGAGCUUGCUCACGCGACACCGCUCUCUGCUGGAGCCAUCACAAGGAGCGACAGACACGAACGCUCAGGCCGGAGAAGCCGGAACGAACAGACUGAAGGACCUGCGUCCGUCCGAUUCCUCAGCUGCGUCUUGUGCGUCGCCUCGCAACUUGGCUUUUUCCUCUUCUGACAAUUUGUCUUGUGCGUCGUCUCGUCGCUCCUCGGGGACUUCGGCGUCGGUCUCCGAGCAGCGUUCUCCCCUUGUGCUGGGUGGACGUUCUUCUGCAGAGAAACCGUUUUCGGUGAACGCGAGCGCCGUCACUUUCGCGGCUCUCUUGCGGCGCAUGUCUCAGACAUGUCGCAGCCUCGAGGCGCAGGUGAAGGCCGAGCUCGGAGGCGGGAACGAAGGCGGCGGCUGCCAGAACGAAGCAAGAGAGCGGACCGCCGGAGAUAGAGGAGAGAACUCCAGAGAGACGAGUGACAGGGACGGAGAGUCGGCCGAACAUUGUGGCCAGCAGCCUCCUCAAGGGACAGGCGACGCGUGCAGAGAACAAAGGAAAGAGGACAGGAGCGAGCUGAAGGGGAAGAGGGAAACGCAAAAGAAGAUGAAGAACGGCGAAGAACACUGUCGUGACGUCGAUCUCCUUUCUUCUGUUCAGCACCCGGGAGAAGCAGAGGUGGUGACGCUUCGACCAGUGACCUCCGGAGGAGUUGAAACGCGGCGGAAUUUCUCUUUGGCAGACGACGCGGGUGAGAAGAAACUUCGCGACCAGAAACUGAGGUACAAAGAAGCCAUGCGCCGAAGAGUGUACGAAAGACUCGAGGCUGUCGCUGGAGAGCGGUCGCAGCGAGCAGCUGAGGAGGCGCGGCGCGAAGGCCUUUUGCUUCUCAAAGAAGCAGAGGAAGAAGGCAGACGAAUCGCCGAGGCGCGCGACGCUUGCAAGGCGCCAGUCGCUGGCGACCUCCUUCGGGGACUUCCCGCGUCGCUGGAGCCUGGAGACAGAGAGACCCAAGCUGAGACACGAAAGGAGACAGAGACGGGGACAGCAUCGGGUGGCGAUGGGGGAGAAGAAGACAGAGAAAAGGCAGACACUGAGGCAGGGACUCGAGAAGAAGACUCAGGGUAUUCCUCGCCGUCGCAAGUGUCUGAGGCGUAUUUGUCCGUCUGGUCUGGCAGCGACAGCGACGACGACGGUUGGGUGAGUCCGUUGCUGGCAAGAGAGAACAGAGAGAAACACAAAACGUCGGAGCUGCGGCGAACGCGAGGCGGCGUCUCGCGGCUGAGUGGUGAAUCUGAGGAGAGUUGCGGGUCCACAGACCGAGACGAGCGCGAGGAACGCAGCGACGCCAAAGUCAUGUCGCACUCGCCGUCGUUCAAAAGCGUCGCGAGCCGCAGGCGCCUGCUCGCUGGCUUGGCGCGUGGAACGCUCCGAGGAGAACUUCCGGAAGAUGGACAGCAAACGGGAGACAUCCGAGCGCCUCUCCAGACAGAUGCGUUGUCUCCUUCAGUUCUGCUCCACGAGGAAGACGACCUGGAGAAAGAAGAAAGAGAAGAGGGAGGGGCAAACGAAGAAAACGGAAGAGACAAAGAAGAAAAGGGAGAUGAAGGAAAACAGGAGGCAGGAGACGUAGUUCGGUCUGCAGAUCCGAAGUCUGCUCGAUUGUCAGAUCAGGACGCGAAGAAGGGAGACCUGAGCGAGAAGACAGCACAGAGGGAGACUGCGAACCUUUCCGUGACUCCGAGUUCCUCUUCGAGCGAGGACAGCGCCUCGAGUGAGACAGAGACGCUGGCAGGAUCUCUGCCGCCCAGCGACGUCGAAGGCGAUCCGUUUGAUCCUCGCAGUCGGAGUUUCGUCUGGGGCUCCUCAGAGAGCGAAGCAAGUGAAGCAGGUGGACUGGAGUGCAGCGAGGGUGACAAGCAGGCGGUGCGUCCGCGGCCUUCCGAGCCAUGGCAGGUGUAUGUGCAGCCGAGUUUCUCUCACCUUCUCUUUCCGCGCGUGGAGUUGCAGGAAAGGCGAAGGCUGCGAAAGGAAAAGAAGCGGCAACGGGCGGAGGUGAGAGAGGCGGAGGUCGCCGGACUUCUCGCAGAGACGUUUGAUCCAGAUCCGGAGAAGGUCGAAGAAACGCGAGAGAAGAGAAGCGAGGCGCGAGAGAAUUGCGCGGAAGCGGGGGCUGGCAAAACAGCGUGUGACAGCCGGAACCAGAGAGACAAGCAGAUGUCCUCGGCCGUCCGAGUCGACAUCGAGAAGCUGCUUGCACGCGCAACGAAAAGAAAGUUUUCAGCGACCGCAGCUGGCCCUUCGUCGCGGGAGACCGAACUCAGCGACGCGAAGGCCAUGUCGCCAACCGUCCCCGGCGAUGCGCCUUCGCCUGGGUCAAACAAGGAAGCAGCAAGAGGAGCAAGAGGAGACAGAGGAGACAGAGAAGGAGGAACGCGCGGAGACAAGAGGAAGAACGCAGCAACAGAAGAGAAAUCGGAAGGGUCUUGUCCUCUGCCCUUGGCUUCUCCCGCGGCCGCCUCUGCACGCAUGCGCGAGGUGUACAGACGCUGCCGAGAGAAGGCGAGUAAAUCGGAGUGUCGCGUUUCCUCUCUUCCUUCGCCGUCUCCUCUUUCGGGAAAGAAAAAAGAGGGGGAGACUUCCUCACAGACAGGGCACGCGCUGAAGUUCGCAGAGGAGAGGAAACAUGCCAUGAUUUACACCCUCGAUUACGACGACAUGCCUCGAAAAACCAUCCAGGGUGCAUGGGGGGCUCCGACCUCGCUACGACCUACAGCGGCGGAGAUGAAUUUGAAAGCUCCCGAAGGCAUGCACUGGGACCCGCUGUCGCAGACCUACCAAUACACGUACCGGAAUCCGUACGAAGACGAGGCUUUCGGGGACCAGGCGAAAGGCGCAGUCCAACAGACAGGCGAAGUCGCUCAAGCGGAGUUGAAUGCCGGUCGCCUAGCCGAUUAUCGCAUCGGGAAGGGAGCGUAUCGAGUGAACCAGCAAACAGGCGAACGCGACUAUAUCGAUGGGCCUCAGCGAGACCUGUAUGGACAGUACGGCGCAAUGGAUCACAUCGACAAGAAAAAAGACAGACAACCUCAGGGGUCGCGGCCGGAAGGAUGGGAUGUCGGUCACGCCAAAGCUGUCUACGAGCAGGGAGUCCCGGCAGGAUACACUCCGGCGCCUAGAGAGGAAGACACAGAAGCUUUGCUGCAGGACUUGUUGCUGGCGCCGACGGAAGGAGCCGAUGAGUUUGACGCGUACGACGGAGGCGUGGAUGUCGCUGCUCUCGGCCUAACGGGAAGCAAGCCAGGAGAUAAGCCGAGGGUCGCGCGAGUGAAGCCUCAAGAAGGCUUCCAAGGAGAUUACGGCGCCGGAUACGGUGGCACUGCCAGCUUGGAAAUGCAGCAGCAGAUUUCGCAGGAGACCCCCCAGGAACAGAUUCGGGCACCCACUGAAUGGAUCCGGCCCUCUCCGACAGGGCACUACGCCGCUGACCAAGUGGCGAAGUGGAAAUGGUACUACCGCAUGGAAGAAGUUUACUACAUCUGGCAACAAGUCAAUUUCCCUGUGCGCAACAACCAUGUCUUCUGCGGCUUCCCCGUCCACUUCUCCUCCUCCGAUGUGAACGACAUUCGAAGUUACCUCGGCGGCGCCAGACGCUUCCGAAAACUCCUCGACAUUCCGGUCGACAACAUUGUCUACGCUAUCACGGCUAAGUGUUUCCCCCUCAUGGGCGGAGUCAUUAGCACAUGGCUUUUCUUCGGUGCAGAGGUUCCGUUGAUUAGCAACCAAGAGCGAGAAAGGCGCAUGAAGCGAACGAAAAAGCCGAAGCAUGUGAAACGUCCUGACGACAGUUGAGUCUCUCGCUGUCGUGCCUCCGUUGUUUGCCUUCUCAACCGCGUUCGCCGCUCCAAGCUCCGAGUUCUCGAGCUGGGACGCCGUCUGCAGAAAAGUCUGGCAGUUCCAGAAAAAACAUUUCCGCCUCAACCACAAACUCCUUCUGGAACUACGGGCAUCCACGCAGGGAAUAAAUAUAUAAAUAUACAUAUAAAUAUGUAUGUAUAUAAAUAUAUGUAUAUAUGUAUAUAUAUGCAUAUAUAUGUUUGUGUAAGUAAGUGUGCGCACAUGAAGCUGUAUGUAUCAGUAGGUAUUUGUAUGCUUGUAUAUUUGUAUGUCGAGAUGCAAGUUUUCUGCCAGUGGGAAGAAGCUGCCUCGAUUCAGGCAAAGCGGCGGCGUGCUUUCCAUCGCGCGUUUUUGCGAAGUUUUUCUCUCAAGCUUUUUGCAUGCACAGCGACUGCGCAGUCUUCACGCAGUCGUGGAGGCUCGGGAGCGAGAGUCGGCGCACAGUGGUCCUUUCGCUCCUUUGCCGCCUGGUUUUCUCCUGUACAGAUUCGCUGCCGCUCACUGCGGAGGCGCACAAAGAGAGAGCUGAGGUUUCAUGAAUUUUUUCUCAAGUGCGACUUGUCCAACGCAGGUCGAAAGACAUGCUUUCACUCCUGUUGACUUCUUACAGAAAGAAGACGUCUUGUUCGUAUGAGAAUCCGGCCUCGCAGAAGCAGUAUCCUGCUUUUCUUCUCUCACUCUCCUGGCACAAAAAGCGCGUCCUCCACGAUCGUCCCUGCGGUCUUCGUGGAUGUACGCGCGCCCCGGGAGGCAGAGACAGCGUCACCUGGAAAGAGAGCAGACUUCAGAGAACUACCAG